GAAGGAGAGAGGAAAUCUAAUGAUUGUUGUGUGUUUGUGCCUUUGUGUGUAGUGGGAUGACGACAGUUCAUGUACAGCUGGGAGGAGGCAGUAGUGCUGGCAGCUGUUCCUGCAUCUUGGGGGUUUCAUUUCAGCUUUUUCUGUUUCUGAGUGGUUGGCCUGCUUUUGUGUGAGUGUGCAGGGAGUUUCUGGUGUGAUGGAACAAAAAGUUAGUUUCCCUUUUCUGCAUCAGGCAGCGUGAAAGCAAAGUGGAAGAGUGUGGACCAACAAGAGGAGCAAGAAGGCAGGAAGAUAAUCUAAAGGAAGAGAAAGAUGGCUGCGGUUGUUGCUGGCUUGGCUCGGUUGCUUCAGCCUGCCAUGGCACUCCCCGGAGGCGGAUCUGGUGGCCAAGGCUUAGCCCCCUGGUACCUCCUUCUGGGUCUUCGUCUGGUUGCCCUUUUUAUUGCUGACGGACCUUGGUCCUCUACCCAGCCUGACCUGGCCUGCAACUGGACCCUGGCAGAUGUGAACGCCCAGCCAUUCUGCAGUGCCCUCUGCUUCAACCAGCACUUCUCUUCGCCGGUGUCCUCCAUGUGGGGGUUUGCCUUUCUGGCUGCCCUGCUUCCGGUGGGUCUUAUGAAGCUCAUAAGGGCUGGGCAGAAGCACGAGAGGAAGGUUGCAAGGGCAGCAGAUGAGGAACUGACAGAUAGCAUUGGCCUGAGACAAAAUAUGGCUGCUGGAAUCAAAACUGCUGCAGGAUCUGCUCCAACACCCACCAUGACUGCCUUCAAAACUGACCCACCCUCCUUGGAGACCAAGACUCCUUGUACCUGGCGUUCGGUGGCCUUUGUCUUCUGUGUCAUUCUCCUCUUGGCGAUGGAGGUGUGCUUCCUCUGGGCUGUGAUACUUCUGCAGCUCCCAUCAGUGUCUGAAACCACCUUCUUGUGUCUUCCAGGAGCGCAGACAUGUCCCAAGGCACUUGAAUGUGCAGUGGCAGGGCAGGCUGACAAGCAGGUGGCGUUGUGGGCCUUGGCUUUCACAGCAAUAGUUGACAUAGCUGCUUGCCUUACCUACCUUUUCCUCAAAGCAGUGAGACUUUCCCCGUGCCAUAGAAAAUAACCAAGCCAACAGAGGAAACUGUUAGAAAAAGCAGAACGUGGAAAACACCAUUAUGGGUUGUGACACACAAAAACAAUGGAAGUGGUAGAUUAUUCAAAGAUAUCUGCUCUUUGGACUCAGUUUAGUGAAAGAUUCUCAAAGGUCUGGACUUAUCAGGUCCAAUAUAUUCAAAUCUUCUGUUUUUGUACAUUCUUCCUUUUCACUUCAUGACCUUCUUUCCUUUCUUCCUUGGUUUUGUUUUAAAUGACUGGUUGACUUUUGUGAAUCCUAAGAAGCUCAACUACUUAGGGGAGUCUGCCCCAAAAGCGUGAUAUAAAUAUGAACAGAUUUGGUCAUCUAGGGGGAAGCUAGGGCAGAAUUCAGUUUCCAAUGUAGUUCUGGAGGCCAUAUUCUGGUGGUACUUGGAGCCAGAGUCAAGAGGGUGAAGCCAAAACAAUUGUUAUGUGCCUUAAAAUAAUUUCCCACGUAUGGCGAUGCUAUCACAGGGUUUUUUGGGGGCGCAAGAUUUGGUCAGAAGAGGUUUGCCAUUGGGGUCCUCUGAGGCUGAGAGUGUGUGACUUGUCCAAGGUGGACUUUAUGGUUGAGCAGGAAUUCAAACCCUGCUGUCUGUCAUUCAAAGCAUUACACAAUGUUGGCUCAUCUAGCCAAAACAAUACCAGCAUUUCUUUUUCUGCAUAGUUCUUGCUGCCAAUUGUUAAGCCUUUGGAAAGGUGUUUUAAUCUUUUAGCAUGGGAAAAACCCAUAUGAAUGUUAGAAACCACCAGACUGUUGAACCAUGAGGAAGGAGGCAUUCAAAACACCUGGAGAGAAUGGAUCCAUAUGCAGAGUCUAAGAAUCCCCACCCCGGACUGAAAAAUGGAAAGUAAAAGCUGCAUUUGGGGUCUCCAGCAGUGUCACCAAUUUAUGAGCCACAGUGGUGCAAUGGCUGCCGGCUGGACUGCUGACCUGAAGGUUGGGUUGCUGACCUGAAUGUUGCCGGUUUGAAUCCGCGAGGCGGGGUGACCUCCCGUCUGUCAGUUCUAGCUUGCGGGGACAUGAGAGAAGCCUCCCAGGAGGAUAGUAACACAUCAGGGCAUCCCCUGGGCAACGUCUCUGUAGAUGGCCAAUUCUCUCACACCAGAAGCAACUUGUAGUAUAUUCUCUAGUCGCUUCUGACAUGAUACAAAAAAACUCAGUUUAUCAAAAUAGAAUUAAGCGCAGUGGUUGAUUCAUCCAAACCAGUUGUUAAAAUUUGUCGGGUUUCCUAAACCACUUGUUGUGGGGACAGAAAAUGAAAAGCUUCCCUGCAGCCGUCCCUCUUCGACUGUCACAUGCUUUGAUUUAUUCCUAGCCUCUGUGUCCGGCAUCUGCAGCAGUGAGCCAAAAGCUUUCCCCUGCCAGCCUUUUCAAUGCAUGUGGACAGGAAGAGGAGAAAAGAGUCAGUUGCAGCCUCCCUUUGGGGAAGGAAAUGGCAUCAGGAAAGAAGAAAUUGUGAGAACAAUAGAAAGAGAGAAAGAAAAGGUAACCCAGAAAGAUGCCUGGCCCUGAUCCCUCCUUUCCUGUUUGUUGCAGGCAAGUGCACAUCCACAUAUUUUUUCAAAUGAUGAACCACACAAUUCAAAUAUUUUGGUUGACAUGUACAUAUUUUGGGGAACACAUUAUAGAACACGUUUGUUAUUAUUCUUAGUGAAUAAGAGAUGAUACCGCAGGAUUUACAAUCUGGAAGUAGCUUACAACAAGUUUCAACUGUACCUAAAUUCCAAAUGAAAUGCAGACAAUAAUUUCUGGGUGAUGUAGCUAUAGCCAUGUGUUUUCAGUAAAAUUAACACAUUGCCCACAUUCAUGAAUUAACACGAUGCAGCUAUUUUUGUCUUUAUGAUCCACCCACACAUAAAAAUAUGGGAUCUUUUGGCAUCUUGUCCAGGCUGUUCUUGUUGUUCCAUAACUUUAGGUCAUUAAUAACUUAUGGCAAAAUAAGGCAAAUCUAUCAUGGGCCAUUCCGGGGCUGAGAGUGUGUGGCUUGCCCAGGUCACUCCAUGGGUUUCAAUAGCAAGUCAAAUCAUAGUGCAAUGCUCAAAUAGCUACACCAUGCUGUUUUUGUUAAUGUAGUUUUUUAACUGUUAUUUUAAUUGUAUUACUAUUGUAUUCUUCUGCCAACCUAGCAGUUCGAAAACAUGCCAAUGUGAGUAGAUCAAUAGGUACUGCUCCGGCGGGAAGGUAACAGCGCUCCAUGCAGUCAUGGGAAACCUAAACGUCAGGGGAAACCUUUACAUUUUACUAUUGUAUUAUUAUUGUUUUUAAUGCUUUCUGACACUGAAUAUUGAGUUGUAUUUUAACUUUUGUAUUUUUUUUUUUGCAUUUGUAUUGUUCCAUGUUGCUAUUAGCUGCUUUGAGUCCCUAUAUCAGGAGAAAGGCAAAAUAGAAAAUAAAUAAAUUCUUGUACAGUUUCUAGAAAAGGAAAA